CGUGGCCGGGCGACUCCGAUGGCAGCCGCUGUUAUGCUAGAUUGUUACUACAUGUUCAUGUAAUUUGUGCGAAUACAGAAUAACACAAGUAUGGAAAUGUUUGCGGAAUAUGCAGAUUUCUAGUUUUACCUGGGCAAAAUGCGCAAAUACUUUUAGAUUUCAACAGCUUGGCUCUUCUGCAGUCCUACUCAAUUUAGCCAGUUAGCUAGUAAGGAGCAGGAGGUAGGAGUUUAUUUUACAUCGUAUUGUCAGUAUAUCUUAUAUUAAAUUUUGUGUAGGCGUAUGUGCAAUCAUCAGCUCAUGUGACAUUGUUUAGCUAUUUGCAGGGUUGACAUUUGUUAGAGCUGCGCCCUGGUGAUGACUGAAACAUUUUUGGAUGCGUUCACGAUCCACGAUGAGUUGUAAAUCUACCAAAGUUGCGCCUAGUGUAGAUUUUGAUCACAGUUGCUCUGACAGUGUGGAGUAUCUGACCCUCAAUUUUGGACCUUUUGAGACUGUCCAUCGUUGGAGAAGACUUCCUCCUUGUGAUGAGUUUGUAGGCGCCAGACGAAGCAAACAUACUGUUGUGGCCUACAGAGAUGCAAUAUACGUUUUUGGUGGAGACAAUGGGAAAAAUAUGCUAAAUGACCUACUUCGCUUUGAUGUCAAGGACUGUUCAUGGUGCCGAGCUUUUACCACUGGAACCCCACCUGCUCCCAGAUAUCACCACUCUGCUGUUGUGUAUGGAAGCAGCAUGUUUGUCUUUGGGGGCUAUACUGGAGACAUCUAUUCCAAUUCAAACUUGAAGAAUAAAAAUGAUCUUUUUGAAUACAAGUUUGCCACCGGGCAGUGGACUGAAUGGAAGGUUGAAGGAAGCUUGCCCGUGGCUAGGUCUGCACAUGGAGCCACAGUUUACAAUGAUAAACUCUGGAUAUUUGCUGGCUAUGAUGGAAAUGCAAGGUUGAAUGACAUGUGGACUAUAAGCCUUCAAGACAGAGAACAUGCCUGCUGGGAAGAGAUUGAUCAGAGUGGAGAGAUUCCACCAUCUUGCUGCAACUUCCCUGUUGCUGUUUGCCGGGACAAGAUGUUUGUGUUUUCUGGUCAGAGUGGAGCCAAAAUCACUAAUAAUCUUUUCCAGUUUGAGUUUAAGGGACAUAUGUGGACACGUAUCCCAACUGAGCACUUGCUGCGGGGCUCACCCCCUCCUCCACAGAGGCGCUAUGGUCACACCAUGGUUGCUUUCGAUCGGCAUCUCUAUGUGUUUGGUGGAGCUGCUGACAACACCUUGCCCAAUGAACUGCACUGCUAUGAUGUGGACUCUCAGACCUGGGAAGUAAUUCAAGCCAGUAUGGACAGUGAGAUGCCCAGUGGAAGGCUGUUCCAUGCUGCAGCUGUCAUUCAAGAUGCCAUGUACAUUUUUGGUGGCACUGUGGACAAUAAUGUGAGAAGUGGAGAGAUGUACCGAUUCCAGUUCUCAUGUUACCCCAAGUGUACGUUGCAUGAAGAUUAUUGUAGACUUUGGGAGAAUCGGCAGUUUUGUGAUGUAGAGUUUAUCCUUGGAGAGCGGGAACAGAGGGUUUUGGGACAUAUUGCCAUAGUGACUGCAAGAUGCCAGUGGCUCCGGAAAAAAAUUCUACAGGCUCGGGAUAGACAGCGAUCGAAAAGUAAGCAGGAUAGUGAAGAAACUGAUGAGGGGGCAACCCAUGGUCCAAAGGAUAUCCCUGGUGGGAGCCGGCUGCUCGAGGUUCACAUCAGAGAGGCAGAGGCCCAGCCCUUUGAGGUCCUGAUGCAGUUUCUUUACACUGAUAAAAUCCAGUACCCACGUAGAGGUCAUGUGCAGGAUGUCUUGUUGAUUAUGGAUGUGUACAAGCUCGCCUUGAGUUUUAAGUUGUCCCGUUUAGAGCAGUUAUGUGUGCAGUAUAUUGAGGCUUCUGUUGACCUGCAGAAUGUUCUUAGUGUCUGUGAAAAUGCUAAUAAAUUGCAACUUGACCAAUUAAAGGAACAUUGUCUUAAUUUUGUGGUGAAAGAAUCUCACUUCAACCAGGUGAUUAUGACAAAAGAAUUUGAACAUCUGUCCACGCCUUUGAUUGUGGAAAUCGUUCGGCGCAAGCAGCAGCCCCCUCCUCGGGUUUAUUCUGACCAGCCAGUGGACAUUGGUACAUCUUUGGUGCAGGACAUGAAGGCCUAUUUAGAGGGUGGUGGUCUGGAGUUCUGUGACAUUAUCCUACUGUUAGAUGGACACCCUCGGCCUGCUCAUAAAGCUAUACUGGCAGCACGAUCGAGCUAUUUUGAAGCCAUGUUUCGCUCCUUCAUGCCUGAAGAUGGUCAGGUCAAUAUAUCCAUUGGAGAGAUGGUUCCGAGUAAACAGGCUUUUGAUUCCAUGCUGCGCUAUAUUUACUAUGGAGAUGUCAAUAUGCCUCCAGAGGAUUCUCUCUAUUUGUUUGCAGCACCGUAUUAUUACGGAUUUUCCAAUAACCGCCUCCAGGCCUACUGCAAACAAAAUCUGGAGAUGAACGUGACGGUGGAAAAUGUGUUGCAGAUUUUGGAGGCGGCUGAUAAAACUCAAGCUCUAGACAUGAAGAAGCACUGUCUCCACAUUAUUGUGCACCAGUUCAUCAAGGUAUCCAAGCUCCCCAACCUACGAUCCCUCAGCCAACUGCUGCUUUUGGACAUCAUUGAGUCUCUAGCUACUCACAUAUCAGACAAACAAUGUGCCGAGAUGGGAUCUGACAUUUAAGAUGACUUAGACAAACCAGUAAGCUCUGAUUCCUCUUGCUCUUCAAAGCUAUAAGUGGCCCUUACUUCAGUCAUUCCUUUGUCUCAAGCUGCAGUAUUUUCCUUUAUGUUUGACCUUGCAUGUUGUCAUAUUUUUUAAUUGAUUAUUCUCUGUCCUUCACGUCAUAAAAACCUCAAUCAUAAAAUGUAACAUUUCUUGUAGAAAUUAGCAUUUUUUUUAAAGACUGCAUUUAUUUGCAUCUCCAAUUCAACAUGUGUGACCUAAAUGUAAGGAAUUUUAUGUAUAUUGUCUCUAAACUAAAGCCAUUUAUUAUCCUGUUAUUUGUUAUUUAUAUUAACAGAUAUCGCCUAUGACUGACGCUUUUUGCAUUUAUGUAUUGAGUGACAUCAGUGUGUUGUAUUAAGUGUAUAGCGAUCUAUUUAUAGCCUUAUUAAAACAAUUAUGCAUUUA